GGUAACUUUUGCAAUUUAUCAAUAGCUAUUUAUACUGAUAUCCCUCAAAACAUUGUGAACGUGUUUUGUUUCUAUUUGGAUUCUUAAAACAAUUUUGAUGUUACAGAAGUAACUUCUUUAAAAAAAACAAGUAUUUUAAAGUGCGAAUGAACAAUUGAGAAUAGUGGAAAGAAUUCAAUUUAUAUGACAGUAGCAUUUGUUCAUAAUUUGCUCCAAAAGCAAAGUGCGCCUAUUUGAAUUUUUGCCACUGUAAUCAUGAAAUAUCUUAUCAGUGUAAAACAAAAAAAACCCUGAUAGUAGCAAUUUUGGUAGGAAGUAUAAGCUGUCGGUUGUUGGAAGUUUAUCCACACAAGGAAGCAGAUAGUUUAAUAAAGGUGAUGGAUUCAAUCCUGGAGUUCGAGCUGAAAUCGUACGACACGACGCAUCCAAACCGUGGCAUUGCAGUGGUCAUAAAUGAUAGUGAAAGGCGAGAAGGUUCGGAAAAAGACGUACAAGAUGUGGUGGCUACGCUGGAGGGUUUGAAAUUUAACGUGCGUACCUUCCAGGAUAACACAAAGAAAGAGAUCAAAAAAGCUCUAUACAAAGUGGCCCGCGAGGAUCACAACGAAAACGACUGUCUGGUAAUUGUGGCGAUGGCACACGGAAAGAAAGAUCAUAUCACGCUGAAAAAAGAAAAGCUGCGAAUCGACAAACUGUGGGCUAGUUUUGUGGGAAACAAGUGUCCUUCAUUGAUUGGGAAACCGAAGCUUGUGUUCAUUCAAACGUGUCGCGGUGAUAACGUAGACUUUGGAGUAGCUUCGCACGAGACAGAUUCGACACCCUGUUCAGUGGAUCCUGCACCUGGUAUUAUACCAAUGUAUGCGGAUCUGUUGGUGAUGUACUCAUCCUACGACCGUCACAUAUCGGUUCGCUGCAAGGACAAAGGAUCCUGGUUCAUACAAUCGCUUUGCCAAGUGUUGCGCGCCAACAUUGCCGGAAAGGAGCUUAUCAGCUUGCUAACCCAAGUGUCCUACAUCGUGUCGUGCCAAACAUCCAUCACGUCCGACGGGGAAACGGUUAAACAAAUACCGUCUAUUAACUCAAUGCUCACGAAAGCCUUCUACUUUGUGCCAAAACAAACUCAGUGUUCACACACGGUAGCAGGUAGUUGCUUGGAAGUGAUGGAUUCACUGCUCGAGCUCGAGCUGCAGUCGUACAAAACGAAUCAUCCCAACCGUGGCAUAGCAGUGGUCAUAAAUGAUAGUGAAAAUCGAGAUGGUUGGGAAAAGGACCUCGAAGCGGUAGAGACUGUGCUGCAAAGGCUGAAGUGUGAUGUGCGUACGUUCUGCGACAAAACAAAGCACGAGAUCAGAGAUGCGCUGCGCAACGUGAGCAAAGAGGAUCACACCAAAAGCGACUGUCUAGUAAUUGUGGCGAUGGCACACGGAAAUAAUGAUAAGAUCACGUUGCGAAGAGGUGAAAUGCAUAUUGACGAACUGUGGACUGAUUUUGUAGGGAACGGCUGUCCCUCGCUGAUCGGGAAACCGAAGCUUGUGUUCAUUCAAUCCUGUCGCGGUAAUAAACAUGACUAUCUAGUUGGCGGGGCUGCGGUAGAUGCGGUACCGUCUCCAGAGAAACCAAUUUGCGUCGAAAUACCAAUGUAUGCGGAUCUUUUGGUGAUGUACUCAUCCUACGAUCAAUACGUUUCGUACCGUGACAAGGAGGAAGGGUCCUGGUUUAUUCAGUCACUUUGCCAAGUGUUGGGUGCCAACAUUGCCGGGAAGGAUCUUCUCACCUUGCUGACUCACGUGUCCUAUCUUGUAUCGGUUCGAUCUUUUCUGAUGGAAAGUGAAGUGAAUAUGGUAAAACGUACCGGUGUGCUGAAACAAAUACCGUCAAUUAAUUCAAUGCUAACGAAAGCAUUCUACUUUGUGGACAAAUAGUGUAGCAGAAUAGUUGGAAGUUCAAAUACAGUUGGAAUAAAACAUGCAAUAUAAGUGGUUUUCUGAUUUUAUUUUAACAAAA